AUGGCGGCGAGCGCUCCACCGUCUAGCGUUCCUCAUGCCGACUCAACCCUGCACCGGCCUCACCCUCCAAGCAGUCAGGAUCUCUCGCGCUGGUUAUCUCGUCAUCAUGCCCUGCUAUCGCUCGAAGCUUCUGCCUCGGCCACACCCUCAUCCAGCAACACUCGCACUGCAUCUGCCCAUCUGCACACACCCCACCACCUAGCCUCGACAGGUCAAGCCUUGCUAACUCUCACACCUCUUCAUCCCACCGUCGGUCCAGGCGGAAAGACGCUGUUCAGGUUCAUCAAGAGCAGUGCGUGGCACGUGCAUGCUGACUUGGGCACUGCGCAUGCAUUCAGAAAUGGGGAUGCUUGCUGCGUCAUGCCUACAUCGACUGGCUCGCAGGGCAAAGGAAAGAGGAGGGAAGAGCAGGCAAAGGUAGCAGUGGAUGCGGUCGUGUUUAGAGUGGAAAGGGAGAGCAUCACUUUGGCUAUUGGACGUGCAGCAGAGGGUAAAGCGGAUGAGAUCUUGCCUGGCAGCGCGACUUUUGACCUCUUCAAGGUACAAGAUGCCAGGGUUACAAAGAGGUGCGUCUCGUGUGGCUGUGGGGCCGAGUGUCUCGUCAAGCUUAACAGAACACAUGGGUCGCUCGGCUACAGGAUGCAACGAACGCUGGAAAGCCUUGCCGAUCAGCUGGGCGUACCUGUGCUCAGCUCAGCAAGCCAAACGGAUGCAGCAUCAGCUGGCCAGGGUGGUGCAAGUUUUACGCGCGCCAAAAGACGAGCGGAGCCUCGCGCUCCCUCUGAGCUAGACCCCACCACUGCAGAUCAGAGCGGCAAGCAGGCGGACUCAUCUGACGACUCGGACGAGGAAGCUGAGAGUCCUCCCACGCAAAGUAAUGGUAGCAACGAGAAGCAGGGGCAGGACAACGUUAGUGCCGAGAUAGGUGCGGCAAAAGGGACAACUACGGAAAGUUCAGCGUCUACAUCACAGCACCUAUCGAGAAGCGCGACGGACGCUGCAAGCAAUCGCACGGCGCCAGACAAAUGGCCUGUGCGCGAAGUCCGCUCAACAGCAUCGCCUCUCAUCAACGUCUUGCUCGGUCUGGAACAGCCAAGUUUCAUGCCUGUGGAGCAAUACGAGAAGGAAAGACUGCUCGGGAAACACUUGUACGAUCAGGGCCUGAACGAGUCUCAAAGGGCUGCUUUGGACUUUUGUCUGAGGGCAAAAGAGGUGGCAUUGGUGCACGGUCCUCCUGGCGAGUAAGAAAUGAUUCAGCUUCUAGACGAUGUUGCGCGGAGCCAUGUUUAGGAUUCGCCCCCAACGAUGCGCCUGCCAUACCAAGCUGACGUGUCAUGCGGCUCUCCACAGGCACUGGCAAGACACGGAUGCUCACUGAGCUGAUUCUUCAGUUGGCGCUAGCACCCACUGCUCCUCGCGCAGAGGCUGGGUCUGGCGCCAGGAACAAGAAGAGGGUUCUCGUGUGUGCGGCUUCCAAUUUGGCCACUGACAAUGUACUUUCAAGAGUCGUUCAACUAGGCCACAAGGAGCUGAAAGCGCAAGGACUCGGAGUGACUAGAGUCGGGCGUGAGUGUGGAGCCGCGGUGUUUCAGCUGAUAAAGUUGUGUGCAGGUUCUCUGCUCAUGCAUCAACCUUCUCACUCAGAUCCUGCUCGAUUACUGCCUCACCUCGAGGCAUUUUCUCUGGACGAUCAAGCAGAAUCUUCGGAUGCAGGUCAAUUGCUACGAGAUGUAAAAGCGGAGCUGUCCAGUACGCUUUCUGCACUGCAUCCAUCCACGGAUACAUCGACUUCUGCAGCGGGAAACAAGUCCACCUCUCGCAAGGGCCAAGCAUCGAGCAAGUCCAAAGGUCUUAAAGGCUCGGCGAGAAAAGAAGCUUAUGAAGUUAUGAAGGAGUUGAGGAGGGAGCAGAAAAAGAGGGAAAGAGGAUUGUACGAAAAUGUGCUGCGGGAGGCGGCAGUCGUGUUCGCUACUUGUCACACCGCCGGAGCUGCUUCGUUGAAGGAACAAGCCUUCGACGUGCUCGUGGUCGACGAAGCUUGCCAAGCGUGAGUGAGGUGAUGACCUUGCAGGCAAUCGUAGGCUUGUCAAAGUGGACGUAAGAUUCACCUCGAUGCGUCUCAGUCUGGAAGCUCAGAUAUGGAUCCCCAUACUGUCUCGUCUAAAGCCAAGUGGUAAACUCAUACUCGCGGGCGACCACUUACAAUUGCCACCCACUGUGCUCGGAUACAAGCCACGGCCACGCGCUGAGAAGAGAAAAGGCAAGCGGACAAAGGACGUCAAGGCUUUCGAGAAGCAGAGCGAAGCUGAUGAAGCUCCGCUGCUGAGGCAAGACGAUGUCGGUCAAGCGCGGCCCGACACCAGCUUGCAGCUCGCUAACGAUCCUGACUCCGAUGAGGAAUCGGACACCCAGCUCGCUUUCCAGACCUCCUGCCUGAGCCCGGAGGCGCACACGGCAGCGAGCGAGGAGCGCAGUGGGGAAGCGACCAAGUCCGAGCCGAAGAGGACACGUCUAAGAGUGCCGCGCAGCCUCGAGACGACCAUGUUUUCUCGCUUGCUCGGCAUGUAUGGUAGCGGUAUGCGCGCGCUACUUGAUGAGCAGGUGAGAAUCCGACAACGUCUUGAACUGCUCUGCGGCGGGUUGGAAAGUAUGCAAUGCGCAGGCUCAUCAAACCUUUCUACCAUCUGCACAGUAUCGCUUCUCCAAGACUUUGCAGAGUUUCCCAAACAGCGCCUUGUACGAAGACGCACUGCGCGCCGCACCUGCCAAUGCGCAAAUUACCCUGCUCGACCUGGAUGGCUACGGACAUGUAGAAGGCGAAGAGGAGCUCUUGGAAGAAGAUGUCAAGGAGGAGCUGUGGGCUGCUAGCGUCGUAUUCUACGACACCGCAGGAGGUGAGGCUCUUUCCAUGGCUUGAAGAGCGCCGGAUGACUGACGCUGAACGCUGCUUGUGCUUUUGUCUGACUCGUAGCUGAGAUGUACGAGACAUCUGGCUCGUCAGAGGAGAGCAAAGACGACUCGAGCUCGACGAGCGAAUCGAAAUCCAAUGCAAACGAAAUCGGACCCGUCUUGAAUCACAUCAAGCUGCUUUUGAAGCACGGCUUGGCAGCGGAGCAGAUCACCGUCUUGUCGCCUUAUUCUGCUCAAGUGGCAUUGAUCGGCGAAGCGAUUCGUCAAGAAGCUGCCAAUGCCAGCACCAUCUCCACUUCCAGCAGGAGCAAAUCAACGGCGGGGGUGGGCGAAAAAUUGAACGUGGCGUGCACGCGCACAGACCUGAAGAGAGUGGAUGUGGGAACGAUCGAUUCGCAACAAGGAAGAGAAAAUGAAGUGGUGAUCAUGUCGUUGGUGAGGAGCAAUGCAAAGAGAGAGGUUGGGUUUUUAAAGGAAAAGAGGAGGUUGAAUGUGGCCAUGACUAGAGCUAAACGACAGUUGGUAGUGGUGGCGGACUCGGAUACUGUGGCUAAAGCGGGCGAUGCGUACCUUGCUAGAUGGAUGCAGUGGCUAGAAGAGAAUGCUAGAGUCGAAGUGGUCGGUUCGUAA